AUGUCUACGAAUAUCCAUCCUACACCAAAAAAAAUGGAAGGACCUGGCGAAGAUUUUAGGCCACCAUGGGUUUAUGUCGGGUCCGGUCUGGUUUCCUGGGCUGUUAUUCCGGGCAUUGUUCUUUACUCCGUAUUCCUUUAUGAUUUCGGGGACCAAGAGCAUGUAUUUCAGGCUCCAAGAAGAUGGGCUCGGAGAAAGAUAAAUUCUUUCUUCACCCUUUCACCCGCAGAGGAGAAACUUUUACUGCUUGAUAACCAGCAGUCGAACCCCGCCGACACCGAGGAAACCAUCCAAGGAUAA